GUGCAAGGAAAUGGUACGAAGUACAUUAAAAGUGGAAGUGGGAAGAGGGUUGUGAAAACAAAACAGCCUGUGACAAAAUAAUAAAAAAAAACAAAAAACACCAGUGGUCAAAAUCAAAGAGUCCCUGGGAGAGGAAGACGUGAAAAGAAGAAAGUGAUCAGGCUUUGGGCUGAAUUGAAUGGUGAGAGAUGAGGACACAGAUAACAGUGUACGUGUUGCUCCUCAUGCUAUUACAAAAGGCCACGUGCCACGAGAAGCCUGAGAUAUAUGUUCCAUCUCUAACUGAUGGAGAACAGGCCACUCUGAACUGCUCAGCUCCAGCUCCGUGUCCCAGGGCUCAGUCGCAAAUAACGUGGAGGGUGAGGAAGAUGGGACGAAACAUCACUAGUCUAUGCAUUGACAGUGCUACAAUGAUUGUGACCCCAGGCAAUGGUACCAUAACCUUGAUGCUGACCUUCACCCCCUCAUUUGAGCUGCAUGACGCUGAUGUCGAGUGUGUUGUGAACUGUGGGAAUAUUACCACCAACACAAAUAAGACUUUAGUAGUGCAAUAUAUAAAAAAUCCAAGAAUCACAGUUAACGCUACAGUGAAGGAAGGAGCUACAAUAAGUCUGAACUGCAGUGCUGAGAGUCACCCACCAUCAUUAAAAAUCUCCUGGAGUUUUGGAAGAACCAGAGUUGAACCUAAGAACAAGACUGUGCAAGAAAUCCUCAUCAUAACCAAUGUUAGCAGUGAAGAUGUGGGGGAAUACGUGUGUGAAGUACAGCAUUUCAAUAAGAAUCUGACAACCUCUAUUAACAUCACCCUGAACUCCCACUCUGUAGGUCCAACUGGGAAGAACGAUGGACAGAAAGAUCAAAACUCCCAAGUUGCCCACAGUGACGACAACAAGGUGACCCUAAGGACAAUCCUUGCAUUUUUGGUAGGAGCAGCUAGUACAGCAAUCAUUGUCUGUGUUGUACUGUGCUGUGUGUGCAUGUGCCAAAGAUGCAGAACUCUCAAAGCAACAGAUGGAAACGCAAACAUUAAAUUGGAGACUGUUAAAAUUCAGCAAAGCCAAGCUGAUGCAGACAAUGUAGGAGCAAAUGAACAGACCCCACUUCAAAAACGGCGUUCUGAAGAGGCGAAGUCCACCGGAAGUGGUGAACUGGAAGAGGAGGAUACACCAAGAGAAGACAGGAAUUUAGGAUUGGACGAGGCAGCAGGAGAAGAAGCAACAAAAGAAGUGGACUAUGCCUGUAUUGACUACUCCCUUCUACAGAAGAGACAGGCUGAGGCCCAAAAGCCAAAGAGUGAAGACACAGAAUAUGCAGAGAUCCAGAUAAAGAAGCAGGCUGAAGGAGAGGGAGAUGAACUCUUGCAGGAUGGAAUGGAUCAGAGUGCCUCCAGGCUAGAGGAGGGGGUAGAGAGUCAGGAGCAGGAGGGAGAGGUAGAGGUAGAGGUGGAAGUUUAAUGUGUUAUGCGUUAAAGUGAAGAAUGCAUUUUAUCAUUAUAUUAAGCAUUAAGACAUAUUAUGAUUAUUUUUAUAAGUACAUUUAUAGAACAAUGUAUUGGGGAAAAAACCUCAAUUAAGCUGUUCAGAGUUUAGGUGUAAUCACACAUAAAUGAAUUCAUUGUAGUCAAAAUUGACUGUCAUCAUGUAAAAGCAGAAGAUUUAGUGGUUAGUCUUCAUAUGGUACUAGUCAAACAUUUGGACACACUUGAUUGUACAUUUUCAUAUCUUAAAGAUGUAGCUUUAAAGAUUUAGAAGUAGUUUUCAACGUAAGUGAAAUUUAGAGUUGAGAAACAGAAUAGGAACCAUAUUUGAACCAGCUGGAACCAAUCAUUAGUGUCCAAUUGGUAACUUCUUUGUGUUUCUUAUUAAAGCAAUAAGCUACAAAAAGCCGUGGUUACUGUGAUUUUAUCACGGGGAAUGGUG